AUGCCAUCCUAUAUUGCCCUCCGGCUGGGUAAGUUAAUGAGAGGUUGCUAUCAAUUCAAAACUGGCAACAGCGAAGACAUUACUGAGCUAUAUGUGGUCGAUGGUGAGGGUGUCAAGUACGCGAGCGUGUCGUCACCUGGAGGCUCUGCUUCACUUGAGUUUGAUGUAGAGAAUGACCCGACUACUGGGUCCUCUCUUAUCGCCGUGACAGAGAAGCAGGUCAAUAUCACCUAUGCCGCUACCAGGACGAAUCUUUCGUCAGCGAGUCCAUCACCCUCGCCAUCGAGUGCGGAGACAUUGCACAAAUCUUGCACCAUGACUUUUGCCUUUUUUGUAGGUUUUGCAAGUGCAUUUAUAUGGCUGUAA